AUGUUGGGAGACAAGAAGAAGUCGAGCCGUCGGCUGUCGAGUUUGUUCGGAUCGUCUGGGUCGUCGGAACCGUCAUCAGGGUCUACGAAUACGAAGUUGAGCCCAACACCUGCUUCGUCAGAGUCCAGCAGCCGCCUGACCAAAGUGCGCAACCGCCUCUCCUCGGCGUCACACCUCACGCCCGAAUACCCUCCACCAGCUGCACCCGCAUCUCCACGUCAAGUGUCUCUUUCCAAUCCCACCAUCCAGCCGGUCGACCCUGCCGAUCUUGAGCCGCUGGAGCCGCCGCCGCCGCUCGAGGUCCCUUCGCGCGCAUCCUCCCCCGCUAGCAGCCGACCAGGAACGCCGAGCUUAGAACCAAGUUCUGAAGGCAAACUCAAGAAACUGCGCAGGAAGAGCGGUCUUUUUGGAGGCCCGCCAGGUGGCAUUGAGGGGCUCAAUGGCUCGCACAGCAGAACAUCGUCCGGCAAUGCCAGCCCGCUUGCGUGGAUAGUCGGACACAAGGGCAAGGUCCCAUACAACCUGACCUUCUUGUUGAACGGCGAAAAGGUACCUGAACUAUGGGACGAUGCAGGUGACACGUUUGUCUACCUCUUUCCCCGCACAUCUGACAAGGGCCCUUCCUUCCGUAUCGACUCCUCCGUAUACGCAGCAUCACAGCUGCUCACCCGCCUCGUACACGGCAGCCUCUACAGCGAUGGGAACGUGCCCCCGCUAGAUCUGGCAGAAAGAACGUCGCGACGCGUGUCUCGCGAACCCUUUGGCGAACAAUCACGGACCGCAUCCCCCGACCAAAGCCAGAUAGGAAGCUCGGAUGAGUCGAUAUCCAAGGGGUCCAGAGCGCUAAGCGACGCCCUCGAUGAUGAGUACACAGAAAAGCAUUUAUACAUGCCGAUCUCGCUGAGCUCAGACUCAAACAUCACGCCUCACGAGCCGCGACUAAACGCAAGCGACACGGACACAUUGGUCACCUACCGCAACUUUUUCGCCUUUCUCAUUGGCCAGUCGCUGGUCGCUACGGAGCGUCAUUCAGACAUCUUCGACAUAUUCCUGCGGAUAGGAGACAUUUUGUCACACUAUGCCUUCUCCAAUGUUGAUGGAUCUACCUUUGGCGAAGUUGCUGCUUCCAGCUUCGACUGCUAUGUCGAUGAAUUGACUCUGGCAGACGUCCGUCACAGCCGCGAGAAGACGAUAGAAGCCAUUGUAUUAGGCGAAAAAUUGCGGUCCAUGUCGCUAUACACGGAAGGCUUUGUCCACGCUGCUGGAAAGUACGACAGCAUCAAAGAGCUGGACUCGCCCAAAUUUGCCAUGAUUAGCCCCAAGAGUGCUACGCGACUAGCCCGUGCUGCUAUGGACCUGGAUAAUCGCGAAGCCACCAUCAAUGGAAAGCUCAAGGACUUUGAGUUCCCGCACAUUUUCUCUGGUAUUAUGAACAGCGCCAUGGCAAGCGAAGGCAAGGUCAUUAGCUUCAAAAAAUGGAGGGCUGCCUUCAUGACGAUCAAAUCUUUUGUUAUGGACUACUACCGGCACAAGUACGGUUCAUGGCUGCCAAAGGCCAAGUCGAAGAAGAACAACUUAACCACAAGUGGGCUUAACCGAUUGGUCCUAUUGGAAAUUUACCACGACAUGUCCAACUUGUAUGACCUCCUUGUGGACAGGAAGAACUUGACAAAUCGCACUGCGGACGGCUUUAUCGCAGAAGACGAGGGAACCGAUAUCGAAUCGAUUGUCGCACGUGCGCUGAGAAAGGUUUUGAGCGAAUACGACCGUAGCACGCCGCCAGUCGCGCCACCAAUUCCUUUUGACCUGCCACUAUAUCCCAUUUCGCAAAACGCAAAGACAGGCGACGCGAAGAAGGAUGCGAAAGCUCGUGGGAAAAAGCUACACAAAGACGAAAUAGCAAAACUGCUAAAGCAAUCGCAUAAUGCAGACGCCGAACAGCAGACACCGUUCUUGGAGGCUUUCCGCCAGUUUGAGUUCAAGCAAGCCACGGGCUCGAAUAUGGACGACAUGUGGGAUAUGCGAUCGGGACAGUGGCUAUUCCUGUACGCCGUCAUCCAGUCAUUACCCAUGUUGAUCGUUGAUGCACCCGGCGUACGGUUUACCGAGGGCGUGGAAUACUUCCUGUGCGAGGUACCUCGAAGCGGUGUACCGUGGGCUCGGGAGGACACAACACGAUCUCGAACAUGGUUUGGUGUAGCAGGAGGAGCACAGGUCGUCAGCUUACCAACGGAUGUUGUCGAACACGGCGUUGAAGGCACCUUCCGACGAUCUCACUGUUGGAAGAAGGCACAAGAAUGGGCAGCGAACGAUACGAUUCUCAACGCCGCGAUGCAGGAGCUGAAUGCAGAAGCUUCGCCAUUAGCCCCACCACCUGGCUUCCUGGACCCUUCAAACGCUGCCCGUGGACGAUCUCAGAGCCCCGACCGGCGGCGCGAGAGUGUCAUGAACCUCGGGUUGGAAGCGUUGCCUUUGCCUCCUGGUGUAGCCCCGCCAAUGCCUAUGGGCUCGCCCUCGCUGAGACCCGCGUCGAAUCACGAUCCCAACAAGACAUUUGACGACAUACUUGGAACGACGCCUGAAAAAGGCAAAUCGAAGAAGAAGUCGAAGAAAUGA